GUGGACACCGGGCUCCUAUGCUGGGCUCUGUGAUUAAUGUCAACAUUUACCGGCAUAUGCUGAUGUUUUUGUUUAUUUCUUGAAUUAAUAUUAUUGAGAGUAAAAAUCAUGUCUAUUUUAUCAGAAUACAAACAUUUAUUUCCUAUAGACAGUAUCCAAAAAGUUUGUGAUCUAUUCGAAGAGCAAUUGCGUAGUAAUAAAGAACCAGAUUUGGCGUUGUUUUCAAUCAUCAUUGGGGCCAUCGAAAAUAACUUAACUAACGUUAAAAAUAGUGAUAAAGAUGCUAAUUUAGCAUUAAAUAAGUUUGUGAAGAUGAAAUUUCCUACUGUUGAAUGGGAUGAAGUUAAAACACUUUACGAACGAUUUGUAUCAUUAAUGCGUAGUGGCGUUGAUACAAAGUUACUUAGUGGAGAUUUAGCUACUCGCGAUCUCGUAAAAAGAGUCGCCGAUGUUGUUUGGAAUUCGUUAACACGAAGUUAUUAUAAGGACAGAGCACAUCUCCAAUCAAUUUAUAGUUUUUUAACAGGCAAUAAGUUAGACUGCUUUGGAGUUGCUUUUGCUGUCACGGCAGGCUGUCAAGUAUUGGGCAAAAAUGAUGUGCAUCUUGCAUUAUCAGAAGAUCAUGCCUGGGUAGUAUUCGGAAAAGAUGGAGUUCACACUGCUGAAGUAACUUGGCAUGGCAAAGGUAACGAGGACAAGAGAGGUAGAUCUGUUGGAGAUGGAGUACUUGCGCGAUCAUGGUUAUAUGUAGCCGGGAAGCCAGUAAUAUGCACGAGAAUAAUGGAGCUGGCUGCAUUAGUUUCCUCAAUAAACCCAACCUUAACACCUACAAUUGAUGUCCAUGAAGUAGCCCUUUUGCAACACAGACUACUUUGGCUACUUUAUGAGAAAGGUCAUUUAGACGCAUAUCCCAUGGCUUUGGGAAAUUUGGGUGAUCUAGAUGAAUAUAUGAGAAAGUUCAUUACAAAAGAAGCCGAACCAGAAAUUCCCAUUUUAAAAGAUGAAAUUGGUAUUGUUAAAUCCUGUAGUAUUGCGAGGCCAGAUUCAGCGUCCUUAUAUGCUCAGUCGAUUCGUUCCUCUAGAACUUAUUAUGAAGAUCGCCAUGUAUAUCCAUAUACUUUUCAAGGCGGCUAUUACCAUAGGCACAAAAUGUAUAAAGAAGCAUUUCAUGCAUGGGCCAGUGCUGGUGACGUCAUUAGACACUACAACUACUCAAGAGAUGAUGAGGAAAUCUAUAAAGAGUUUUCUGAGAUCGCCAAUGAGCUAAUACCGCAAUUAAUGAAAGCAGAGAGUUCAGGACAUUCUGCCAGAUCCAUUCUAAAAGACCCAGAAUGUUUUGCAUCUCUUUUAAGGUUUUACGACGGCAUUUGUAAAUGGGAAGAAGGUAGUCAGACUCCCAUUCUACAUAUAGGCUGGGCAAAACCACUUGUGAGUACGAUUUCUAAAUUCGACUCAGAAGUCCGAGCGCAAGUUAAUAUUGUAUGCAGUCCUGACAACGGUGAGCUCAUUGGUGCAUCGGAAAACACUGUGGAGAACGAAUCCUCAGAAAACGACAAACAGAAGGAUAUCUGGAACAACAAUGCUGAUAUCCCGCCAAUGUCUGUGAGAGAACAGUUGACCGCAGCGGUUAAUAGUCGACCUCGUGUCACGUUGUACAGCCACAAAAUGGCAGCUCUAAAGCCAUUAUUGUUAGCCGAAAGAUUAAAUACUCACGCUUUGCAAUUGCAAUUAACGGCUCAAAGUCAACUGCAGAGGCCUCACAUCCCAGUUAAGAGACGGGACGAUGAAGAUCACAAUCCUUCAACACCAACGGCGCGAGCAAAACGAGCUCGCCGAGAACGAUAAGCACUCUCUCAAAACAUUAUGUUUGUAUAUAUAUAUUGUAGAUGUAUUUAUUAA